ACUCUCUCUCACACACACACACACAGACUCUCUCUCACACACACAGACUCUCUCUCACACACAGACUCUCUCACACACACUCGCACACACACAGACUCUCACACACACUCGCACACACACAGACUCUCACACACACUCGCACACACACAGACUCUCACACACACUCACACACACACAGACUCUCACCCACACUUGCACACACACAGACUCUCUCACACACUCACACACAGACUCUCUCUCACACACACACACACACACUCUCUCUCACACACACGCACACACAGACUCUCACAGACACACAAACACUCAGGUACUUCACAGUUUGAUAAACACCUUUCUGCACAAUGCUCUAAGCACACUACACUGCCACAACCCUGCCCGUCGUUCGGCCGCCGGUACUGCUGAGUGCUGUCGUUGCAGCGGUUCCUCGGUUCGCGGGUCAGUGCUUUCCGUGCCGGUCCGGUGGAUCUCUCAGUACCUGUUUGUGGAGGACGCGUUGUUCUCGGCUCCCUGGGCGCUUUGUGAGCGCGGGCGGGGGGAGCGAUGACCUUUACUUGGGAAAGUGAAAGCUGUUCGCCUGUAUCAGAGUUCAAACUGCGGGACACGAAGGAGGGCGCAGCACGAGCUCUCUCAGGACUGAAAUAAACUGGUUUCUGGGGCAUUGGAAAUCAGUUAACCAUGGAGGCACUAGACUGUUUCUCCCAGGGCUCGGAGCUACGAUGCCGGUCCUGAAGAGCCUGCCUGGGAAGCUCCGAGGGUCCAAGCACAGCAGGAAUCUGGGAACGCCGUCGACAGCCCCCGGAGCGCUUAUCCUGGGAACAAUGAACGGGGGGGCAAACCCCUUUGAGGAGGAGGAGGGUGAGAGGGGGGACAACCCCUUCGAGGACAAGGAGGAGGAGGGGGGUGGGGCGAACCCCUUCGAGGAAGAGGAGGGGGGGGAGAGCCCCGCCAGACCCUCCCCGGAUCCCUUGAAGAAUGAAGAGUGCAGCAGCUCCCUGAGGGGGACCUUGGACAGGAUCCGGGGUGUCUCCCCUCUCAAGACCCUGGGCAAGCUGGGCAAGGGGCUGCGCAGUUCUGUCAGGGGAAAGGGGACCCCCGGGGAGGAGAAGACCCCCAGCAGGUCCUCUGAGAAAGACAAGAGGAAGAGCAGCCACAGGAGCUCUGAGGAGCCGACAUCCAUACUGAGCCGUCUCCCUGGGAAGCGCAAGGAAAGCCUGUCGAAUGGCGAGCUGAGCCCCCCAGAGAGGGAAGGGGGAGAGGGGGACCCCAAGAGGAGACUCUCCUUCCUGAAGAUCGGCCUGGGGGGUAAGAGCCGGCGCGAGUCCCAGGCCGAAAAACUGUCCCUGGAGAGAGAGGGGGAGCGAGUGGAGGAAGAGAGGGAGGGAGAGAAGGAGGAGGAGAAGAAGGCCAAAGAGCCACUUUCAG